AUGGACUUCUACUACAAGGUUGUCAAGACGCCAACUACCGCUCAUUCGACCUGUUCCAUCUUUGCCCUGGACAGCCCAGGUCCUCAGCCCAGAGUCCACUUCGGAUGCGAGCGCGAGCACCUCUACAAUCUCGACUUUGGCAGCCUAAAAACUACUAGUGGAUAUGUCGUCGGCAUGCGGUCAGAAUCGCAGCACCAGUUGGUGCUCGACAAGAAGUACAAGGGACACAAUGCAGACGAAUAUCCGAUAAGGGGCCCAGAGACCACAGGCACCCCUAACAUCCGCCUCUCAAACGGCCUGGAGUACAACGAGGGCAACACAUCCCCAGUCAAGGAAGAAGAAAGCGCCUACAAGAGCCCAUCGCCUCCUCCUACGCCUUACCCGGCCUUCAGGGCCUUAGAGCCAGAACUAUUCCCACCAAUUAAAGGCUCAUCAUGCGGCGGCUACGAGGUCUACAAGAAAUCACUUCCCUUCCGCCAACUCGGCUGGUCGUCCCAGGGUGAAAUAAUCAGUAGAGAGAUAUCUCUGCCCACUCGCCGGGUUCAAUUCUCUUCUUUCCCAUCUCCCAUGGUGCCUCCUGCUCGAGAGCUGCCACCGCACCGCAGGGCUGUUCGCGAACCACUGCUUCCCAUGCUUGUGUACCAUGAUAACGGCGAGGAAGAAAUCGUGUCACGGUACAAUUACCUCCCUUUUGGUCGACAGGCGAGAGAUCCAACCCCUAAUGCUCUGGAAGAUCUUGUUGCUGAAGCUCGUGCAAAUGGUUUCACUACUGAGCCAGAAUCUCACCAACACAUCAGCAGCCGUGACUGGUACGAUUGCGCGGCUGGGUCUCCGGAAUGCGAGCAAUUGCCAUCUGCUCGUAAGAAAGCUCGCGAGGACCUUUUUGCUGCCUUGUCUCGUCGUUUGGAGUCUCGUCCCCCUCCUCAGUACAUUGUUAUGCCUGAUCCUCCUUUCCCUUGGAUGAGAAGAUGA